AUGGUGGCAAAUCGUUUAAGAAAUCUGGUCUCACUAACCAGGGGAGCCGUAAGGGAUGCUCGUCAAGCACUUGAUGAGUUGAUUAAUUCCUUAGGACCACGGCCACAACCAGCGUUAGUUAGAGUACCAGUUAGAAAUACAAGAGGUCCAAGAUUCCCAGUACCAAAUGGAAGACGUGGGUUUAGUACUUCAGCUAGGGCUUUAAGAAGUACAACAACUACUUUUGGUAAUAAUUUUAUUAAAACUCCAAGAUUUACAAAACCAACUUCAAAUAUUGCAGGUAAAUUAUGGCCAUAUUCAGCUUUUAGAAGACCAGCUAUUGGUAAAGGACCAUUCCCAAGUGGAUUAUACAGAAAUUUUGUUAAUUUAAACUCUAGACAAUUUUCAACAUUUGGUGGUAAUGUUUCAAGAGAAGCUGUUCAAAAUUUAACAACAAGUUUAAGAUGUUUUUUAAACAAUGGUGGUGAUUUAGUCUUAAGUUCUAAAAUGUCAAAAGGUGGUAAUCCAAGCUCAAUCAGUUAUCAUGGUUGUGCUAGUACAAAUGAAGCUCCACAAACUUUCCAAAUGGCUAGAACUGAAUCAACUGAUAUUCAAACCAUUGGUGCAUUUGUUGAAUUUACUUUACCAAAAUUAGAAUUAUCAAUUCCAAGUAUGUCAUUUAUCAACUCUGAAAUUUUAGAAACUAUUGAAUCAGAUUUAGAAACUAUUAAAUAUGAAAUCAAUGAAAUUCAAAAACAAGUUCAAUUAAUUUCUGAUACUUAUGGUGCAUUACCAUUAGAAAGGCGAAAAGAUGCAAUACUGAUACAUUUCCCCAAUCUAGAUGUUGAAGAAGUGGAAAAAUUAUUAAUUGAAUUGGGUAUUGAUAAGGGAAUUGUUUAUUCUAAUGAUAUAAAUGCAAAUGAAGUUGAACCAGAAUUAACUAGAAGUUCAAGUUCAACAAGUUAUACAUCCUUGAGUGAUGAUGAAUUGUCCUCAUUAUCUGAUAUGGUUGAAAAUGCAAUCCCAGAUUUGAUUUCAACAGGAAGUGAAGAAUCAAGUAUUGAAUCAAGAGAAUUUUUCCCUAUCUUAUCAAGUUCAGAAUCUAAUAGGGAACAUUCAGAAAUGGGUGAAUCAUAUUAUUUUGCAGAUAAUGCCGAUUCACCUAUCACAUUUGCACAUUCAUCUCAUACAUUCAGUGAAAUUGCUGUAUGA